GGGGAGAAGGAUGGACCCGGCUUCGCAUAUCCUUUAGGUAAUGUUGAGUUCAAAAAGAAGCCAUUGCUGCCUUGAGAAUGGACAUUUCAAGAAGUUUCAUCAAUCACUCAUCCCCUCAAUCAACAGCACAGCUCUUCUCGCGACAGACUCGAUUGGCUCUCGUCCAAGUGGCAUCAAACCACCUCAUCCCUCUUCUUGUCAACUUUGACACCUUUGUAUACCAUCUAUCAUCAUGACCAGCCUUUCUACAAAACUUGCCGCGCUCGAGACGGCCGGCAAGCCGAUCCAGGUCGGCAUCAUCGGCGCUGGCAAAUUCGGUUCCAUGUUCAUCUCCCAGUCCUUCCGAACAACCGGUCUCCGUCUAGCAGGCAUCGCCGACCUCUCCAAGGACCGAGCUCUGGCCUCACUCAAGCGAACCGGGUUCCCCGAGGACAAGUACGAUGCCACCUGCGCGCUCUCCGUGUCAGAGGGCAUCAAGGCGGGCAAGACUGCCAUCACCACAGACUCUGCCGCUCUUAUUGCGACGCCCGAGAUUGAUGUCAUUCUCGAGGUUACUGGUAACCCCGCUGCGGGUAUCCGGCACGCCUUGUUGUGCUGUGAGCACAAGAAGCACAUUGUCAUGAUCAACGUCGAGGCUGAUGUGCUGGCCGGUCCUCUCCUGGCACGCAAGGCCCGCGAGGCUGGCAUCAUCUAUUCAAUGGCAUACGGCGACCAGCCCGCCCUAAUUGCCGAGAUGGUCGACUGGGCCCACACAGCCGGGUUCGAGGUUGUCUGCGCCGGCAAGGGCACCAAGCAUCUCCCAGAAUACCACUACUCCACGCCCGACACCGUGUGGAACUACUACGGUUUCACUGAUGAGCAGCUUGCGGGUGGAGACUUCAACCCUCAGAUGUUCAACUCAUUCUUGGACGGCACCAAGUCGGCGCUGGAGAUGGCGGCCGUUGCCAAUGGCUGUGGCUUGAGCCCUCCCACAAAUGGCCUGAAGUUCCCUCCUUGUGGAGUUUGGGAUCUGCCCGAGGUGUUGAAGCCCGAGAGCGAGGGCGGUCAGUGUGAGAAGAAUGGCACAGUCGAGGUUGUAUCCUGUAUGGAGACGGACGGCAGAUGGGUCUUCAAUCACCUCCGAUGGGGUGUCUAUGUUGUUAUUAAAGCUCCUGGAGAGUAUCAGAAAGAGUGUUUCGAGCAGUACGGUCUCAAGACAGACUCGAGCGGAUGGUACGCUGCUCAGUACAAGCCUUACCACCUCAUUGGUCUCGAGUUGGGUGUCUCUAUCGCCACCAUCAUGUGCCGAGGAGAGCCCACAGGGCAGACAAAGACGUGGUCCGGCGACGUCGUUGCGACCGCCAAGCGGGAUCUCGAGGUUGGCGAGAAGCUCGACGGCGAGGGUGGCUUCACCGUCUACGGUCGGCUCAUGCCUGCCGAGGAUUCAAUGGCCAUCGAGGGACUUCCCAUCGGCCUUGCACACGGCUUUGUAUUGAAGCGGGCCGUGAAGAAGGAUCAGCGACUGAGCUGGCAGGAUAUCGAGUAUACUGCAUCUGCACAGGCCGUUUCUGUGAGAAAGGAGAUGGAGAUUAUCUUCAAGAAGGAGUUUGAGGCGAAGAAGCUGAACGGUGUUAAUGGAGUCAAUGGUACCCGUUAAGCUAUAAAUCCUGUUAUUAGCAUUGCAAGACAUAGAUGAGAUUUGAAAGCGCAUUCGGAUUAAUUGCUGGACAAAUUGUGAAGCUUGAUGAAUCGUGAUGGCUUAGAAGAGCACUCAUCCGGUGCAACAAACGAAGGCGAGAUUGAGGUAUACGACGGUGGGGGCAUUGCAGCACAGCGAAUUUUUUUUUAUAGCAAUUAUUCCCGUUAUCUAGGGCCUAUUUG